AUGUUUACUAACAAAUCUAAUGAUGCUGAAUAUUUUCCGUCAACAGUUACUACAGAGUCAGAAAAAUCAUGUCAAUCAUUACAGACUGAUGAUUUAAUUUAUAAAAAUAAAAAUGUACAGUCUAAUGUUCAACACAGUGUUGAGACACAAACAGAAGCCGAGAAUCAGCCAAAAGAAAUCGCAAUUGAUUAUGCAAAACUAUCGGCAUUUUUAAAAAAAAAAAAAAUAAGCUCUUGGAGCAAAAAUGGAGGUACCCUGGCAGUCGCGUACAGCAAUAAUCACACCGCUUGGUGUGAUCAUCAAUCUAGGAUAAAGUUUUACAAUUUAGAGCGCAAUGAUGAUAAAUUGCACCAAGACGCGGCUAAAAAUUAUGAGACUAAUUCGUGUGUUACGUGCUUGAGUUUUCAUCCUAUUGAGCCGUCAAUAAUUGCUGCUGGUCUUUUUAAUGGCGAUGUUUUGCUCUGGAAUAUUGCUGAUACCUUGUCGCAGUCACUGUCAAUUACAGUUCACAAUGAUGUAGUAACGUCAUUAAUGUGGCGACGUACUACAAUUAAUACCGACUCGUCUAUGUUAAUAACCACCAGCGCAGAUGGUUUUAUUUAUGUCAACAAAUUAAUUGACAACUUUACAAAUUCAAAAUUACAAAAUCGGUUUAAGAUAAUUAAAGAGCAUAAUCCAGCAGAAAACAGUCGGCCACCAAGUGCAAGUGGUCGACAUGAGCGUACAUUGGAACCAGGAUUAUCGAUAACUUGUCUUGAUAUUUCUUACAAGAAUAAUGAGAUUUUUAUCGUUGGUGACAAUACAUUAAUAGAUCCAGUUAUCGAUGAGUAUGAACGUUGCGAUGGAUCAAUUGUUGACUUGAAAUGUUUAGACACUCAAGAUAUCUUCGUUGCUUCUAACAGUAACAAAGAGAUCAGGAUUUUCAACAUCACCGAAAUGACAUUGACGCGCAUAAUCAAUGUAGAAUUUACAGUUACGGGGCUAGGCUCCAUAAGUAAUGUCAUAGUAGAUACAAUUGCAAUUGGUGAUAUCCUCGGUAAUUUAGAAGUAUGGAAAAUUCCACCCCAAACAUCAAUUAAUUAA